AUGGAACUGCCCCAGAUACUGCAACCUUCUGGACUGAAAUCUCAGAUUGUGGUGCUUUUCAUGAGCUUGUUGAUUGCCAGCAUGGCUUUCUGCUUUGGAAGUCCGUGCACAGGCCAAACCAGGUUGCAAUUCUAUGGUGCAGAGAAUCGCGCCCUCAAUGGAUCCGUUUACGAAACAACUACUGCCGUUUCCCCCGUGGCCUGCACACGCAACUGCCACGCCGAUGUACGCUGCAUGUCACUCAACUACUACUGGCUGAACAGCAGGUGCGAACUGAGCACUACUACCAGGUCACAGGAGCCGAGCCGUUUCACUGAGCGGCAGGGCAGUGUGUAUUUUGACUCUGAUGAAGGAACACAAGGAUUUUCCGUUCCUUCCUUGACAUCUGCCUUAUCCACUCCGAUGAUAAAUGAGGAAGCACCCGACUUGUCUAUUACCACCACGACACUGGCCUUCUUCAUCCCAGAAAUAGCAGUGGAUCCCAUACCAAACGAACCCAUUGAGCUGCCUCCCAGCCCAACAGAAAACCCAACCACCGGCUGUAAGAAACAAGGGGUGAAUACCAUCUAUCCCUCGGGCACAGAUGCUGGAAUUCAGGUCGACUGCGAGCUGAUCGGUGCCGAAUAUUGGAUGGUGAUUCAGCGUCGUCAGGAUGGCAGCGUGGACUUCUACCGCAACUGGACCGAGUACCGCGACGGAUUUGGCGACUUGUCUGGGGAAUACUGGCUGGGAAACGACAAGAUUCGGCGGCUGACUGAAUCUCAGGAUCCGUGGAUGCUCCGUGUUGACCUGGCCGACUGGUAUGGCCAACAUCGCUGGGUCCUGUACAAUGGCUUUUCAGUCCUGGGAGAAGAAUACACCCUGCAGUUGGGCGACACCGCUGGCACAAGCCACUCCGACAUCUCAGAUUCAUUUGACAGCUCUAUCGGUCGGUCAUUCUCGACUUGGGAUCAUGAUAACGAUCGCUUCUAUGGUUCGUGCGCUGAAGACAGGCAUGGAGGCUGGUGGUACGAUAAUUGUGUUUUGGCAAAUCUGAAUGGUUUUUACUUUCAGGAACAAACAAAGGACAAUCAUGCAAUAAUGUGGUAUCGUUGGAAAGAAUUCAAUAGUCUCAAGCAAUGCAGCAUGAAAAUACAAAGAGGUGAAAUGUAUUUAGGCACCGCAUGA